UAGUCUAAAAUGGGGUCAAUAACUACUUGGAUUCUAGCCAUGUUCCUAUUGUUGGAAGCUCAAUUUUGCCACGGCCGCAUGCUUCCUUCAAGUCUAGAUUUUGUGGGAAGCAAUUUCCUUCUCCAAGGCUCACCGUUUCUCUUCAAUGGCUUCAAUUCCUAUUGGAUGAUGAACGUAGCCUCCGACCCCGGCCGCCGCCACAAGGUCUCCGAAGUCUUCCGGGAAGCCUCCGCCACCGGGCUCACCGUGUGCCGGACUUGGGCUUUUGGAGACGGAGGCGAUCGCGCUCUCCAAAUAUCGCCAGGUGUUUACGACGAACGUGUCUUUCAGGGAUUGGAUUUUGUGAUUUAUGAAGCGAGAAAGUAUGGAAUUCGCCUCAUUUUGAGUUUGGUGAAUAAUUUCAAUGAUUUUGGAGGUAAAGCGCAGUAUGUUAAAUGGGCUAGAAAUGCAGGAGCACAAGUUAGUGAUGAUGAUGAUUUCUUCACAAAUCCACUCAUCAAAGAUUACUACAAGAACCAUGUUAAGAGAGUGGUGACAAGAUUGAACACGAUUACUAGAGUUGCUUACAAGGACGAGCCAACCAUCAUGGCGUGGGAACUCAUCAACGAGCCACGCUGCCAAACCGACUACUCUGGAAAAACACUCAACGGAUGGGUUCAAGAAAUGGCAACUUUUGUGAAAUCCAUUGACAAUAACCAUUUGUUGGAAAUAGGAAUGGAGGGUUUCUAUGGAGCUAGCAUUCCACAAAGAGAACAACUAAAUCCUGGCUUCCAAGUUGGGACUGAUUUCAUUACAAGCAAUCUUGUUAAAGAGAUCGACUUCGCCACCAUCCAUGCUUAUCCAGAUACCUGGCUACCUGGGAAAAGUGAGGAUGAAAAAAUGGAAUUCAUGGAUAGAUGGAUUAGGAAUCACUAUGAGGAUGCAAGAAACAUAUUGAAGAAGCCAUUAGUGAUUGCUGAAUUUGGAAAGUGGAACAAAGCUGGUGUGGAGGAAAGAGACAUGUACAUGAGGAAUGUGUAUAGAGAUAUAUAUAGAUAUGCAAGAAGUGGAGGUAUAAUGAGUGGAAGCAUGGUAUGGCAUGUGAUGGCAGAAGGGAUGGAUGAGUAUCAUGAUGGGUAUGAGAUCAUCUUAUCGGAGAGCCCAUCAACGGCUGGGAUCAUGUCUAGGCAGUCUCAUGCCAUGAAAGCAUUGAUGUCUCGCAAUGGAGUCAUCAUGCCCCAUGAUGAUGAUGAUGGUGGUCAUCAUGCGAAGAAAUCAACUCUAUGGAAAAUUUUGCGAUGGAUGAUGAUUCCUAAUUUUUUCACAUGAUUCUUUGUAUUCAUUUCUCAUUUAUUGUAUAGUUACCAACGUAAUGGAAUUGUAUUUUUUUUUUUU